GAACUGCAAAUCCACCACCACUCCCGCCGUCUCCGUCGCAACGCCACCGCCACAUGUCCGCACACGACCAAGCAGCGGCGGCGAUCCUCGCCCAAGUAGCCCUAGCCGCCGACGGAGCCAUCCUUGGCCUAGCCCUAGCCUACGUCGCCGUUCGCAGUUUCAUCAGACUCUCAUCCACCUCCUCCGCCCUCCGCCAAAUCGAUCAGUCUCCGUCUUUCCGCGUCUCCGAUCUCCGAUCCCUCCUCUCUCCCUCCAGCGACGAUGAAUCCGACCAGUCUACCUCGUCCGAUGGCCUGCUCGUCGUCGUCCGCGGCACCGUCGAGGCGAAAUCGGCCAUUGAUGGCAACUGGAAGAGCUUGCGUUCCAAUGUUCUCGUCUCUCACGAAUCAGGCGAGAAAGGUGUCAUCUUGCAGCGAACGCAAACGUGUAUAUACAAUGAGUGGAGGGGUUUUUUUGGAUGGACUUCUGAUAUACGCACCUUGUUUGCAAGAUCCUGGAAAGAAAAAGAAUCUACCUCAUUAAGAACGGUUCCUUUUGUUCUUGUUGAAGGUGGUCGGAGGCCACAAUCUGAUUAUGUCAUUGUGAACAUGGAUGGCUCAAGACAUCCCUUACCUCUUACAACAGUUUAUCAUCAAUUACAGCCUGUUAAUGCUUCUCCUUAUACAUUCCUCCAAGCACUUUUUGGUCAUGACUACCCUGUUGGUCUUCUGGAUGAAGAGAAACUUCUGCCCUUAGGGAAGGAGAUUACUGCAGUUGGCAUUUGCAGUUUAAAGAAUGGAAUUCCUGAGAUCAAAUCAUGCAAGGAUCUUCCUUAUUUCCUGUCUGAGAUGAGUAAGGAUCAGAUGGUGGUGGAUCUUGCCUUUAAGUCAAAAGUACUAUUUUGGAGUGGUGUCGUUCUUGGAUCAGUGUCCAUUGGUGUUCUUGGCUAUGCUGUUGUGAGGAACUGGAAUAGAUGGAAGGAGUGGAGGCAACAGAGAGGGGUCCGGCCACCAAGCCAAGCUGUUACUGAUGAUACUGAUACCCAGAUUGCAGAAGAUGAUGCAGGGGACGUUCCAGAUGGAGAACUGUGUGUCAUCUGCCUGAUGAGGAGAAAGAGGUCUGCAUUCGUUCCAUGUGGGCAUCUCGUAUGUUGCCAACGCUGUGCCCUAUCAGUUGAGCGUGAGUUGUCCCCAAAAUGUCCUGUGUGUCGACAGAUAAUCCGAAGUUCUGUGAGGAUAUAUGGCUCUUGAGGGACAAGGAACUGCUGCUUCCUUCUAUGGGCCUACUGUGGGGCAAGAGUUCACUGGUCUCUAAGGUAGUUCGUUAGUCAGGAUCACAUGGAACGAUUUUGGGUUACAACCGAAGCAGCCUUAAAGCAUCUUCGACAUUUUCUUGGUGAAGCUGUAGCAGGUAUUUCGGGUUGGACUCCUUGAGUCAAGAGCUUGAGAUCAAAAGAAAUUAACACAUCCUCGGAUGCUGAUACUGAACUCUUUUGUGGAUAUUGGGCAAAAAGUUUCUACUAAUUUUAUGUUAGGCGAGGUACAGAGAAAAAAGAUCAAAAACUUGAAAUAUUGUAAUUGAUACUGGGAUAGCUUUUGUACAGUAAACAAUGGAUCAACUUAAUUAUCAACUUAAA